AUGGAUCGGUUUGUUUACGGUAAAAGCAAACGAGAGUGUCUGGGAAGAAGACAGUGUUCUAGCUUGCAGCCAACACACAUCAGGGAGACGGCCUUCGUUCACGCCAUCACCUCGGCGGGAGUAGCGUACGCCGUGACCCAGGCGUGCAGCACGGGGGAGCUGCUUCAGUGUGGUUGUGAGAACGAGCUGGGCCGCCCCCCGCCGCCGCCGCCGCCGGCUCAGGCUCAGGCUCCCGGCUCGGGCAGGGAUCCGAACCCUUGGCAAUGGGGAGGAUGCGGGGACGACGCGGAGUUCGGUUACGCCAAGUCCAGGCAGUUCAUGGAUGCCAGAAAGAGAAAAGGUCAAAGUGACAUCAAAUCCUUGAUAGAUCUACACAAUAACGAGGCAGGCCGUCUGAUGAUUGAGAACUACAUGCGGACUGAAUGCAAGUGCCACGGGUUGUCCGGCUCAUGUUCACUCAAAACCUGCUGGGAGAAGAUGCCCCACUUUCGAGAGGUGGGUGACCGACUCUUCGAGCGUUUCAACGGGGCUUUCAAGGUGAUGGGCGGUAACGACGGGAAGACGCUGAUACCGGUGGGACACAACAUCAAACAGCCCGACAAACAGGACCUGGUUUACUCUGCCGAGUCCCCCGAUUUCUGCCUGCCCAACAGACGCGUGGGCGCUCCGGGAACAAGGGGCCGAGUGUGCAAUGGGACAGCGCUGGACGUGAGCGGCUGCGAUCUGCUCUGUUGCGGCCGGGGUCACCAGAAAGAGACCGUGAGCUUUCAGGAGAACUGCAAGUGCCGGUUCCACUGGUGUUGCGUUGUCCAGUGCAAGCAAUGUACUGUCAGAAAGGAGCUCAGCGUCUGCGCUUAGCUAAAAGAUAGCGCUCCAAGGACACGAUCACAUGUUACCUGACAAACUGAAGAAAUAUUAACCAAAGAUAACAUUUUGGAUUGGAGAAUGUUUGCAACUUGGCGGGAUAUUCAUUGCAAGUGAGACUCGUCCCACCUCGACUGGAGAGAGAAAUACUUGUCGCCUCCGUCUGCGCUUGGAGCCUGACUAUAGGUCAACAUAGAAACAUGGAAAAUAGAUGCAGGAGUAGGCCAUUCGG